GAUGAUUCACUUUCCGCUUGUGGCGAGAAGACUUUAAAACACGUCAACUCUAUUCUUAUCAUUAUGUUUCAGUACACCUGACUUCUCUACGACCGCAACAGCGACUCCCUGUUCUCAAUAUGGAUCCUUACGUUCCUAUCCUGUCCGAAAGCGACUGGGAUGAGUUGCGAGAUACUGUGAUUGAUAUCGAUGUAAGAGACUUCCAAGGCAUGUUGCUGGUAUGUAUUGGGAGACUCGUCGAUGGCACGAUUUCGGCCGGAAGCAAGGUAUUUGCCAACAUCUCCGAAGACAAUCAGGAAAGAUGCAGUUAUCUCAUCACACGCGGCUACCUGGUAUACGAAGACGCCUUCACCGGAAUCCUCGAGCCCUUCAUCAUCAGCCGUGUCCGUAAGAGCGGUGGCAAGCUCCCUUUUCGAACUAUAGGAAUCAACGACGUUGUGGACCCGAUUAUUCCUUGCAAAUUCUUGGCUGCUGAUAUAUAUCACGCCGGACCCAACAUGCGUGCAUUGGGCUAUCGCAUGCUCGAGUAUUAUCGCUUGUGUGGAAGCGUUCGUCCAGAUGUUGUUGAGAUGAUGGCCAAAAUAUACGAGACAAGGGCGCUUACGAAGCCACCUCAGUCCCCAAAGCGCCACGGAGCAAAGUAUAAUGUACAGCCUCAGAAGCGGAUCUCUCAGGAGCCUUCUCGCCAGCCUGAAAUGACGGCAAGAGAAGUCGUGAGUAUAACAAGGUCUAGAAGUGGCGAUCACUGAUCGUGACAGAUUAUCAUUGAUGACUCGGACGACAACAAGUCGGUGAAGCCUGAACACAAUUUUCAAUCCGAGCCCACGCUUCUGAGUCGUCUGCGUUCGGUAUCGU